GGCAUCAGGGGGAAAAAAGGGACACCACACUGGUGGGGAAGAAAAUAGAGAUAGUUAGACGGACACCGAAGACAAGAAAGGGGAUCUCUGGACUGGCUUAUCCUCAGCAACCCAGAGACCCCAUCCAAAAUGUAUCGGUCUACGAAAGGUGCCUCCAAAGCCAGAAGAGACCAGAUCAAUGCAGAGAUACGAAACUUGAAAGAUCUUCUUCCUAUCUCUGAAAGUGAUAAAGUCCGACUUUCGUACCUGCACAUCAUGUCCCUAGCAUGUAUAUACACCAGGAAAUCUGUGUUCUUCUCACAAGGUGAACAGGCAAAAGAACUGGAAGGUCUCCUCUCCAGCGAAGACUUACAGGAUUUUAUUCACAGCCUCCCUGGGUUCCUGCUCACAUAUACGAGUGAAGGAAAACUAAUCUAUGUGUCAGAAAACGUGACUGAUCAUUUAGGACAUUCAAUGGUUGAUUUGGUGGCACAGGGAGACAGCAUUUAUGAUAUCAUAGACCCUUCUGAUCAUUUUGUCAUGAGGAACCAGCUUGCCAUGCCAUCCGCUCUUGAUAAUGAGCGAAUGUUCAGAUGCCGAUUCAAUACGUCAAAGACAGCAAGAAGGCAGAGUGCUGGAAACAAGCUAGUCUUAAUCAGAGGAAGAUUUCAACCAUCACCGGCUGGUACCUACUGGUCAUCUAAUCCAGUCUUCACAGCUUUCUGCAUUCCUCUUGACCCAAAGCCAAGAGUAACUCAUAAUCAUUUCCUGGUGGAUUUCUUUGAAAGUCGACAUGCAAAGGACCUUUCAGUGAUUGAUGUGCAAGACAGUGCCUUGCUUCACUUGGGUUAUGAAAAAAAUGAGCUGCUCUGCAAGUCAUGGUACAAUCUAAUUCAUCCUGAAGAUCUCACCCACCUCUCCACGCAACAUUACAGAUUAUUGAAUGAGUCUGGGGAAUCAAAAGCAGAAGUUGUUGUACGUCUGCAGAGACGAGAUCAUCAGUGGACCUGGGUGUAUUCCCUCCUAUUACUGGAGAACACUGAGGCCCCUAUUAUAUCAUAUAAUUAUAUAAUAAGUGAGACUGAAGCCUGGUGCCUAAGACAGCAACUGACAUCAGAGGAGACACCAAUUUCGUUCUCUACUGGUGGUCCUCCCUCUUACCAGGACACCAUUCUUUCUCCAGGAGACAUUUCAAGCCCAGACCAGGUGUUUACUCCCCUUGCAAAUACGCCUACAAGCAUUGGACAAUCUUUUGAGUUUUCUGAGACUGUGCCAGUAAGCCCAGAAGAUCCAAUGAUGGGUCAGAGUAGUGCCCCACUUGUAAAAGACACGGCUGCCACUGAAACACAAUUAGAAAAUCAAUCACUCUUUACUCUCUUCCAAUCAACACCAUAUGAACAGAGUUUCAGAAGAGAUCAACUUGGAACACCUGCUCCCAAAGACUUUACCUGCACUCCUCCUUAUACACCACACCAAAAUUUCUCUUUCCUCUUUGGGGCUUCAGAAAGUGCCCCUCAAACAACAUCUGAUCAAGACUCCACCACCCUUACACCAGAACUGUAUUAUUCUUACUGCAGCUCCCUCUAUGAGAAGCUGCCCCCAACCCCAGACAGUCCUGGGGAUGGUGGUGACUGCACUGUCAUGACAGUACCUGAAAUCUCAGGCCCAUUAUUUGUGGACUUGCCAAUGCUUCCAGAAGGUUUAAUGACACCAGAGACCUCUCCCAUUAACCAGGCAAUCUUCAACUAUUCAGAACAAGAGAAAAGUGAGAUUGAUCUGUUAGUCAAGCAGAUAGGUUCAUUGGCUAAUGUUUUUAGUAAUGUUAUCACCAAGGAAAUUCCUUGUACAGAUAGCAUGAUGUUGAGUGGCCAUGGACUGGCAUGCCGAAGUGUAUCCCUCCCUAAUAGUCUACCAGAUGCCGAUGUUUCACCUCAGUUACCUCGAUCCUGGAAGAGUAUAGACCUGUCUCUCUUCUUGGCAUGUCAAGAGCAAUCCCUCCCAGCCGGUAGCCACCCGGUCUGCAGCCUUUUUAAAGACUAUCCUGAUUCACCACCUUUUGUAGCCCAGGGGUCUCCCUGCAUAACCCUGGAUGAAGAUGAAGUAGGAGGGAACCUCUCCACAUCUCCAUCCAUGACUUCGAAUGUGACGACUGAUCUGUCGCCAGAAGAAUGUAACUUCUUAGAGGAACUGAUGUCCUACAAAACAGACCUUGAGGCAGGUGCCUCAGAGAUUCCAUGUGACCGGUUUAAUGAUGAGUUGUAUCAACUCCACAUUCAGCUGCAAGACGACUUCCAGCAAGAUGGAAGUGGAAAACCUUCGUUUUGAAAUAAGUCUGUGACUUACUUCGAUAUGUAUGGCAUAUUGUCAUAUCUCAAGCAGAUUUUUUUCUGCAUUAUAUAGAACAAAAUAACAAAACGCACAAGAAAGGGGAGGAAAACGACUUUCUGCGUCGUACAUCUCUCCUGUUCCUCGCUAAAUGUUUUGUUCCUUUUAUCUCUUUCAUUCUUCUGUUCUCUUUUUCUGGAUUUUGUGCACGUUUAACAUGAUUCAGAUAGAUAUAUCUUCUUUUUUUCACUUGAAAUAAAUGAAAAGCAAUGGCCCAUCCUUAUGUAACUAGCGUUAUGUAACCUGAUUACAUCCAAAAUCAGGUUACAAUUUUAAAAUUCAACAGCUAUUAUAACAUAAAUUGAUUAUAAGUCUCAGACAAUCAGUCUCACUUUAAAAGUGUAUAUUGAGUUUCUGUUUAAACUGUUAAAUCUUUUUUAAAUUUCAAAACAACAGAAUGAGCCAUUGUUAAAAGAACAACUUUUGUACAACAAAUAUGUCUAUUUUAUAAAAAAAAAAGGGGUUUGAAGAAUUGAACAGAGAGAAAAGGUGGUUACGUAAGAAAGUUGUAAGUAGUCUUACAUAUGAAAAAAAUGUAUUCACUCGUAGUGAAACUAAAAAAUGAUAUGCGUAUAUUAUUUAUCUUUUUUUUUUUCUUUCAGAGUAUUACUUAUGUGUUUUGCAGAAUUUACAGUAGGAAUUUGCAAACCAGAAUUUAGGCAUUUAAAAACAACAGUGAGUCAAUCACGGUCUUAUAGAUGGAAAUUGACUUACUAUUUAAAAGUAUCCCAAAUCUUCAGGUUGUGAUCAUGGAACACUGAGUUGUAGUGAAAAACCAAACUGCCAAAUUUAGGUUAAAAUAACUAAGCUGUAAGUAUAGUUAAGAGGAAGAAUUUUCCAAAUCAAUACUUUUUUGCCAAAAUUUUGCAUUUCAGAUGUUACUUCACUACCAUGCGGUGCUUAUUGAAUAAACCUCUGUAUCUUUUAAGAGCAAGAUUGGUGACAAUAUAAUUUUAAAGUA